GAAACACACAGCAGAGGGAGAAGAAGAGUGAAAACGGAGCGGAGGAUAAAAAAGAGAGCUGUAGCUGCUGUGAAGGUGAAAACCAGUCUGGAAUAAGAACAAACAUUGAUCCAGCAGCAUGCUGAGGGCCUGUCUGAGAGGAGCUAACGCCACAGCUCGGACGAACUUCAGAGGAACUCGUCCAAACAACCUGCAGCAGUGCAGACACUACACAGCUGGAGAGUCCAGCGGUGGAGCUGCGAAGGUGGUGGCUGCUGGUCUGGUGACGGUGGGUGGAGGUGUUGGAGGAACGAUCCUCUAUGCUAAGUGGGAUAACAAGUUCAGAGCGGCGGUGGAAAAGAAUGUCCCGUACUCAGACCGGCUGCUGGGGCUGGCUUUAGGACCCGCUCCUCAUGAUAGCCGCACUGCAGUCCAGAAACAGGUGGAGGCGUCCCAGCCUCCGUCCAUGAUGGAGAAGAAAAUGAAGGCGUCCAAAUCCAAGACGGAGAAGAAGGAGGCAGAGAGUCCAGCAGAGAGCGGACUGGUUCCUGCUCCGCCCGUACAGAGUCUGGAAGAGGCUUCAGCAGAGGCGACUCACAUCAUCUCAGCGAUCAGCGAGGUCCCAUCAGUCCCUGCUCCGUGUGACACCGAGGCAACAGCAGUCAAAGAGGAGUGCACAGAAUGCCAUCACCAUGACGACAGCACAGCAUCAGCAGCUGAAUCCUCGUCUCCUGCGGCUGAACCUCUGAGAGAACGGCCAGAAGAAGAAGUGACAGCCAGACUGGCUCAGCAGGACCAGGAAGAGCAGGACGUGAUCGCAGCGGUCUCUGUCAGUCUGGAGGAUUCCCUUGCAAGCUCAGCCAAAGCGACCCUGCAGGCCAUUGGAGCUCAGGAGGCCGCUCUGCAGGCCGUCGCACGACACACCAUCAAACUGAAGGAGGCCAUGGAGGCAGAGGUUCCCCCUCAGGAGAAGUCAGCUCAGUGGAAAGAUCUGGAAACUUCUCUGGCUGAGAGGAACUCUGCGAUGGAUGACGCUACAUUCUCUCUGACUAAAGCAAACGAGGCGCUGGACGGCCUGAAGUCGAAGAUCGAUGAGUCGAAGGGGCUGAAGGUGUCGGCGGUCCGUCCUCUGGUGUUGGCAGCCGAGGAGAAUCUCCACAACAUGGUGGUGGACCUGGACAAAGCUGUUACCAAGAUGCACUCUGCAGAGUCGGAGGCUAAGAUCGUCUCUCAGUACAGCGAGCUGGUGAAUGAAGCUAAACUUCAGUUCCAGAAAGAAGUGAGCAGCCUGACUCCAGAGAUCCAGGCCAACUGGAAGACCCUGACUGGUAAGCUGUCCCCAGACGACCUGAAUGCUUUGAUCGCUCAUGCUCACCGUCGGAUCGACCAGCUGAACAGAGAGCUGGCGGAGCAGAGGGUCAGAGAGCAGAUCCACAUCGACUCUGCGCUGGAGCAGCAGAAGCUGGAGGAUCAGAAAGCUCUGGAGAAAGCUGUCAGCACGUCUCUGCAGCACGUCAAAGAGGAGGCCCGCCUGGAGCAGGAGAGGAAGAUGUCGGAGCUCAGGGAGGUGAUGGAAGCAGAGAUGAGGACUCAGCUGAGGCGUCAGGCGGCCGCUCACACAGACCACGUCCGGGACGUCCUCAAAGUCCAGGAGGCGGAGCUUCGAGCCGACUCAGAGCAGGUGCUGGGCAGUAAGCUGUUGGAGCAGGAGACUCGUUUCCGUCAGCUGAAUCAGGAGCAGCUGGAUAACUUCACUCUGGACAUGAACUCAGCAUACGCACGACUGAAGGGCAUGGAGGAGGCCAUAGACAGUCAUGUGAUCGCCGAGGAGGAAGCUCGUAAAGCUCACCAGCUGUGGCUGUCUGUGGAGGCUCUCAGCUACACCCUAAAGACAGCAGACGCCGACUCCCCCUCCGUGCCACUAGAGGGCGCAGCUCAGGCCGUAAAGGACAGCUGCAGCGAAAACGACUUCGCCUUGGCUCUGUCAUCGGCGUUCCCUGAGGAAUCCCUGCAGCGUGGCGUCUACAGCGAGGCGUCUCUCCGCGCUCGCUUCAACUCCCUCAGAACGCUGGCUCGCCGCGUCGCGCUCAUCGACGAGGGACACAACUCCCUGUACCAGUACUUCCUGUCCUACCUGCAGGCCGCGCUGUUGUUCGAGGACAAACAGGCUGCCCCGCCCACCCAGCUGAACAGCGAAGACUUAGACCCGUUCAAGCUGCUGUCGUACGCCAGCUACUGCUUGGAGCACGGGGAUCUGGAGCUGGCGGCCAAACUGGUGAACCAGCUGAGGGGAGAGGCACGGCGGGUGGUGGAGGACUGGCUGACGGAGGCCAGGCUUACUCUGGAGACCCGACAGGUCAUCAGUCUGCUGUCUGCCUACGCCAACGCCGUGGGCUUAGGAACCACGCAGGCUCCUUGAGGCAGCACCACGUUUAACCUUUAAAGGAAGAACCCACUGAGCAUCUGUGUGGUGUCGGACUGAGGCCCCUGCAGGAGAGAGAGGGUCUGACACCCGGAGCAGGUUUCAGUGUGUUGUUCCUUUAAUGAAGCCACCGAUGGAUUAAUGAUGCAACAGAAGUCUCUUGUUUUAAAGCACUAAGUCACUGCGGACGAGUUUGUACCUUAUAAUGAAGAAGCUCUCAGUGUAGUCCCUUAAUUCAGGCCGCAGCUUCGGUUCAGGUAUUUAUUUGUGUUCAUGAAUCUAACAAGCACUCGUCCGGCUGCAUUUUAUUUUUGUCAAUACUGCACAUGUUCCAAUAAACCAUGAAAGAGAAA